AUGUUCUUCCACCAGGCGAGUAUUUAUGUGGCGCUCCUGGGCCUGUGGUGUUGCCUCUCCACAUCAACAGCUAGCGUUUCUUACCCCAAAACCCUGCCAUGUGAUGUCAGCGAGGCCAACAACGGGAGCAUGGUGACGGUAGACUGCACAGAGAGGAGCCUCAAAGACAUCCCCCGUGGCAUCCCCAGAGACACUACCAACCUGACGCUCACCAUCAACCAUAUUCCUAAAUUAAACUCCACCUCCUUUCGCGGUCUGGAAAACCUGACUGAGAUUGACAUGAGGUGCAACUGUGUGCCCAUUAAAAUUGGGCCCAAGGACCGCAUGUGCAAUGAGAGUGUGACAAUAGAGGAAAACACCUUUACCAGCCUGACGAACCUGCGAGCACUGUAUCUAGAUGGUAAUCAGCUCUCUAGUAUACCAAAAGGCCUGCCUCCAAAUCUGAUCCUGCUGAGUUUGGAAGUGAAUCACAUUUAUAACAUUUCUAAAGCAAACCUCUCUGACAUCAGAAAUAUUGAGGUGCUUUACCUCGGUCAAAACUGCUAUUACCGUAACCCAUGUGAUAAUAACUAUACUAUAGAGGACGAUGCAUUUUUACAGCUUAACAAUUUAAAACUGUUGAGUCUUAAAUCAAACAACUUAUCCUUUAUUCCACAUCAGCUUCCCACAAGUCUGAAGGAAUUGUACCUUUACAACAACAAAAUCCAAGAAGUUACUGACGAGGAUUUCAAAAACUUAACUAACCUUGAGAUUCUAGAUAUUAGCGGAAACUGUCCUAGAUGUUACAACGCUCCUUUCCCAUGCAUCCCGUGCCCAAAUGAUUCCCCCAUGAAAAUCAGCAGGGAUGCUUUUAAAAUGUUGACACAACUAAAGACGCUCCGCCUGCACAGCAACUCCCUGACAUACGUGCUGCCUAAGUGGUUCAUCAACAUGUCAGACCUGAGAGUUCUCGAUCUCUCGUCAAACUUUUUAGCAACAGAUAUAGGAUACACAAUCUUCCCACAAUUCCUGGGCAAACUGGAAGAACUGGAUAUUUCAUUUAACUACGAGCUUCAAAGGUACCCUCAAACGCUGAGGCUGAGCUGCAGUUUCUCCUUACUCAAAUCCCUUCGAAUUCUCAGACUAAAGGGCUAUGUGUUUCAGCAGCUGAAGCCAGAGAGCAUUGCUCCUUUGAUAAAGCUCACAAAGCUGGAGGUUGUAGAUCUGGGGACAAACUUUAUUAAAAUGGCAAACCUCAGUAUUCUGAUGGAGUUAAAGAGCUUUCAAAUAAUCAGCCUGUCUGACAACAAAAUAUCCUCCCCCUCUGACAGCCAAGAUGCUGUUGGUUUCUCUGGGGGAGAGCCCUUGCACUGGUCUCCCAUGUCGGCUGCAGCUCAGUACGGAAAUAAGGAAGUGAGAGAGAUUCACUACUUCAGAUAUGAUGAAUAUGCACGCAGCUGCAAGUACAAAUACAAAGAACUUGGAACUGUCACAUCCUUUGUCAACAAGAAAUGCAGUGAGUUUGGAAAAACCCUGGAUGUGAGCAGGAACAACAUAUUCUUCUUGCAUUCGAGAUUUUUAAACCUAACAGAGCUGAGAUGCCUCAAUCUGUCUGGAAAUGCAAUGAGCCAAAGCCUUAAUGGCUCUGAAUUUACUUAUCUGACUAAUUUAAAAUAUUUAGACUUCUCCUGGAAUCGGCUGGACCUGCUCUACUCAACUGCGUUUCAAGAGCUGAAAAAUCUAGUUGUCUUGGAUAUAAGUAACAACAACCAUUACUUUGAGUCCGAGGGCUUGACUCACAUGCUUAACUUCACUAGCAAUUUGAAAAAGCUCAAGAUAUUGCGCAUGAACCACAACAAGAUCUCUACUUCCACCAAUACAGAGCUGGAGAGUCAAUCUCUAGAGAGGUUAGAGUUCAGAGAUAACCGGUUAGAUAUGUUGUGGAGAGACGGGGACACCAGGUAUAUCAAUUAUUUUAAGAAAUUGAUUAAUCUGUCUGUCCUUGACAUCUCUCAUAACAACCUCAAUUUCAUUCCGCCGGGAGUGUUCAGCGGUCUGCCGGACAAACUGUCUGAGCUCUACAUCAAAAACAACAAACUAAAAGAUGGAUCCUUUGAUUGGAAGAAACUACAACUUAUACAGUCUUUGGAGGUCUUAGAUCUCAGUGGCAACAUCUUAACUACUGUUCCAGCCAUGCUGUCAACAACCUGUCCCAAAUCUCUCAAAAAGCUCCUUUUACAGAAAAACCAGAUUGUGGAACUCACCCCAGAUUUCCUUAAGGAUGCCUUCCACUUAAAACAUCUUGAUCUUAGUUUUAAUCACAUACAACACAUUGUCCAAUCUAGCUUUCCAGAUGAUGUCAUGGAUCAGAUGGACAUGCUGCUUCUGCACAACAACCCAUUCCUGUGCACUUGCAACGCCACUUGGUUUAUCAAGUGGCUCAACAGCACCACAGUCACCAUCCCUAAACUGGCCACGGAUGUUACUUGCGCUAGUCCAGAGGCGCAAAAAGGUAAUCUUGUGAUCUCGGUGGACCUGUUGGCCUGCCAGUACAACUAUCUGUCAAUCAUCCUCUACACCCUCAUGACUACCCUUGUCCUCAGCUUCCUCACCCUGUCAAUCUCCAGCCAUCUCUUCCUGUGGGACGUCUGGUACAUCUACCACUUCUGCAGGGCAAAGCUCAAAGGUUACGGCCGCCUGUAUUCCCAAAGCUCAGCCUAUGAUGCCUUUGUGAUAUACGACAAGGAGGAUGCUGCAGUGUCAGAGUGGGUGAUGAAGGAAAUGUGCCCUCAUCUUGAGGACAGCGGAGACCGUCAGCUCACAUUGUGUCUAGAGGAACGGGACUGGAUUCCCGGAUGCCCCCUGAUCGACAACCUCUCCAGGAGCAUCAACAACAGCAAGAGGACCGUGUUCAUUCUCACCAACAGAUAUCUCAAAAGCGGCAACUUCAAGACGGCUUUCUACAUGGCCCACCAAAGGCUAAUGGAUGAAAAAGAUGACGUUAUCGUAUUGAUCUUCUUGGAGAAAGUACCUUGCAAUUCAAAGUACCUGAGAUUACGGAAGAGACUGUACAAGCGCUCUGUGCUGGAUUGGCCAACAAACCCUCAAUCCCAUUUGUACUUCUGGUUCAGCCUAAGAAGUGUAUUAGCAACUGAGAGUCACAAACAAUACAACAACCUCUUCAAAGAAACACUGUAAUGACAAUGAACUGUCAUACUUAGUUCCUCCUUUCUUUAGCACUGCUCUAA